CAAAUAUAUGUCACAUUUAUUUUUGUCAUAAAAAGCUACUUAGACGUUUUAGGUUGGAGCCAACAGUACAUUAAAAAAUAAUAUAUUUGAAUUCAGGACUCGGUUAAGCUAAAUAUGGCAGAGGCUUCGACCCUUUGUAAAUUUCUAAAUGGAUUGUUCGUUGUCUACAAACCAGCUGGCCAAACAUUUCACAAUGUUAGAUCAAAAAUAUUGCAUAAUUUAUGCAGAGAUUUAAAUAGUUUACAUGCUCGUCCACCUUCUAAGCGCAUAGAUAUUAAAAGAACAGAACUUGUGAGCAAUCCGUAUAAAAUUAUGGUCUCCAACAGUUUUAGUGAUUUAACUAUAGCCACCGGGCCACGUUAUCAGAUGGUGGAUUUCAAGUGUGUAGCAGCGAAAAAUAUCGGAAAAAUUUCAAGUGGAGUUUUGUUAAUGGGAAUUGAUCGCGAUGGAAUUUGCAAAGCAUUGCACAUAAGGAAUAAUGCAUCAUUAAGAACGUAUCGUGUUACUGGAAAACUUGGUUCCAGUACAGAAAAUAAUUUAUGUAAUUCUCGCGUAGUAGAACGAGCCAAAUUCGAUCAUAUUUAUGUUGAAAAACUCACCGAAUUGAUUUCAUCUCUGCAGGGCUCACACCAACGUAAGGCUUUUGAGCAAUGUCAAAUCGAUUUGCAAUCACAAGUUGCGUACGAUGUUGCCGUUGGCGGACCUAUUCUUCCACCGAGCCGACUACCUAUAAUACAUAAUAUUAAAUGUUUAGAAUUUAGAAAACCAUAUUUUACGUUGGAGAUUUCCUCCGCUAAUGAAACAGAAGAUUACCUUGCAAAAUUGAUCUACGAGAUUGGUUUAAACCUACAAACAGUUGCGCAUUGUGUAAAGAUUACUUGUAUCAGGCAUGGUAUUUUUACUAUAGACGAUUCACUUACAAGAGAAAAUUGGAAUAUAGAAAAAAUUAUAUCAAAUAUGGCGUUAUGCAACAAAAAACUCGCUAUAAAACCAGAUAUGAUAAAACCAAUAUAAAAUUAAUUAAUUAUUUAAAUAUGCUUGAUUCUAAUCAACAGCAUAACACCAUAUGUACUAAAUAUACUAAUACACUACACUAUACCUAAGCACCUAAAACUUUUUGAUGAAACGACAUUUUCACAAAUAAAGAUAAAUACAUACCAGUUUUCACCUAAAACUCAACUGAUUUUCAAAAAAAAAAAAUCUUCAUAACGAAAAUGUCCCUAAAAU